AAAAUGGCUGCAUAAAGCUAAUUUCUCUCCUGAGAUAAAAUUAUUAUAACAUCCAUCAUCCAUAAUUGUUUUGAAAUUGACCAUGGCUAGUUGGAGAAGAUGAGCUGUUGAGAUGAUUUCCUAUGAGCAAGAUCCAGAUGUUGUACGAUGGGGCCUGCAGCUAUUUGAUGCUAGUCCAUAUAGUAAUUGCAGAUAUUGUGGUGAUGUUACUCAAGAUAAUGCAGAUUGUUAUCACGGGCAUUAUUUUAGGGAAGAGGAAUAUAAUAAUGAUUUUACCAACACAGAAAAUGAUGAAGUAAUGGCGCAUGCUCUUCAGCAACAAUUCUCACAACUUGCAGUGACUGAAGCCUCUGAAUCUUCAUAUGAUUGGUCAGAAAAUAUGCCAUCAUCAAGUUCACUGCAGGAGUGGCCUAGUCAUCCAAUUGGUAGCUAUUUUCCUGAACAGCAAAAUGAUCAGGAAGAAGCAGAUGAUGUGGAACCUUCUAGUUCAUAUUCUAGCUCUGAGAAGAACUCAUAUUGUGGAGAUCAAUGGUUUUAUUCAUUGGAGCAGAUUGAUGAAUAUGCUCUUGAUGGAAAAGUGGGAAAAAGACUGAAUCAAAUGGUUCCAAUUCCGCAUGUCCCUAGAAUCAAUGGAGAAAUACCUUCUAUCGACGCAGCAACCUUAGAUCAUCAAAGGCUAUUGCACAGGCUGCAACUAUAUGAGUUGGUUGAGUCCAAAGUUGAAGGAGAUGGAAACUGUCAGUUUCGUGCACUAUCAGAUCAAAUCUAUCGAACGCCUGAGCACCAUAAAUUUGUGAGAGAACAAGUAGUUAAUCAGCUGAAGUUGUAUCCAGAUAUAUACGAGGGAUAUGUUCCAAUGGCUUAUGCAGACUAUUUGGAGAAAAUGACCAAGAAUGGUGAGUGGGGGGACCACGUGACCUUGCAGGCUGCCGCAGAUUCCUAUGGAGUUAAAAUAUUUGUCAUCACAUCUUUCAAGGAUACCUGCUACAUUGAGAUUCUUCCAAAUUUUGAAAGGUCAAAACGAGUAAUAUGUUUGAGCUUCUGGGCAGAAGUACACUACAACUCGAUAUAUCCUGAAGGAGGUUAAGAUGCAUGCAUAUCAGCACUGGCAUGCGUGUUUCAUUUACAUUAAGAAUGUUAAAGCUGUUGGUGUGACUUGUUAAUAUUAAAGCCAAAGAUGCUACUUUCACCAUUUA